AUGAGAAGAGCAUUUAAUUUUACAUGGGCAACUAUUGACCCUGAAACCAUUUCCAGCACCAACCCAGCUCAGCUGAUGAACCUUGUAGGUGGCAAAUGGACGUCCUCAUCUGACUAUCUCAAAUGUUUAGACCCUCUUUUUGGUGGUGAAUUCCUCUAUGUCCCAAACACAUCUAAAACUGAGCUUGAGCCAUACUACAAGAGCAUCUCAGCAGUCUCAAAAUCAGGCAUUCACAAUCCUUUGAAAAACGUUGAAAGAUAUAGAACUUAUGGGCAAGUUUGCCAAAGAGUGGCUUCUUAUUUAAACCAAGAAGAAUAUUACAAUUAUUUCGCAAGAUUAAUUCAAAGAGCAGUCCCAAAGCAUACGGUUCAGGCAAGAGGAGAAAUCGGAAUUCUUAAAACUUUCUGUGAAAACUUCUCUGGAGAUCAAGUAAGAUUCCUAGCGAGAGGAUUUUCAGUACCUGGAGACCAUUUAGGGCAGCAGUCACAUGGAUAUCGGUGGCCAUACGGUCCUGUAGGGAUUGUUGCACCUUUUAACUUUCCAUUAGAAAUCCCGAUCUGCCAGCUUCUUGGUGCUUUAUUUAUGGGAAACGCUGUUACAAUUAAACCAGAUCCAAAAGCAGCUCUAUGUCUUGAGCAGUUUGUAAGGUUUUUGCAUUUUUGUGGGAUGCCACUAGAAGAUGUAAAUAUUUUACAUGGGACUGGAGAGCCAAUGGAGCAGCUGAUUCGUGAUGAUUUAUUCAGAUGCAUUCAAUUCACAGGCUCAAGUCGCAUUGCAGAUCAUUUAUCAGUAAUUACCAAAGGAAAAGUAAAAGUAGAAGACGCAGGGUUUGAUUGGAAAGUCUUAGGGCCUGAUGUACAUGAUUUUGAUUAUGUCGCUUGGACAUCAGAUCAGGAUGCAUAUGCAUUCAGUGGCCAAAAAUGCUCAGCCCAGUCUAUUUUAUUUGCCCACAAUAAUUGGGUUCAAGCCGGAAUUUUCGAUAAACUUAAACAGCUCGCAGAAAGAAGGUCACUUAAUGACUUAUCAAUUUGCCCAGUUUUAACGUGAAAUAAUGAAAAAAUUCAAAGACACGUAGAUGCUUGUGCUGCGAUUCCAGGUGCCAGAGUUUUAUUUGGAGGAAGACCUUUAGAUGUGCCACAUUCGAUUCCUGAAAUCUAUGGGUCAUAUUAUCCAACUGCAGUCUAUGUCCCUAUAGACCAAAUUCCUAAACACUGGGAUUUAGUUACAACUGAGCUAUUUGGGCCAUUCCAAAUUGUGACGGAGUGGAAUAAUAUAGAAGAUGUUUUAGCCAUCCUGGAAAAAUUAUCACACCACUUAACAGCUGCUGUUGUCACUAAAGACCAACAAUUCGCUAAUCAUGUGCUUGGGAGCGUCUUUCACACAACGACUAUUUUGUAACUUUCUUUUGCCUAUUUAAUAAAUAAGUGAACUGGAAGAAAAAAUUUAGUGAACAAAAUUGCUAAAAGUUAAUCAGAAUUUCGGCAGUGGAAACAUUGAUAACUCAUGGGCCUCUGUAUUAUGUAAAGUGCUCAGUCAUUUCAACAAUGACUAUUAAAAAUGAAUUUCUAUAAUCCGAUUUAAUCCUCAAAAAUUAUAAACGGGACUGUGAAAUUCAAUAGCACAAACUAUAAAGAUUAUGCACUUUACAUAUUAGAGAACACAAUGAGCUAUUAAAAUUACUAUUUUUAAAAAGUCUGAGAAUAGUUCCAGCAAAAUUACUUACUCACUUCAAACCUUCAUCUUUAAAUCACUUAUUUAUUGAACUUUCAUUGAAAAAUUUAAAAUAACUAUUGAAAUGAUUGAUCACUUUGCAUAAUACAGAGGUCCAUGAGUUAUCAAUGCUUCCACUGCGGAAUUAACAUCACUUUCACAAUUUCGCUCAUUCUUAAUUUUUUUCUUUCCAAGUCACUUAUUUAUUAAAAUUUUAUGGAAUAUCAAUAUUUUGAAACCGUCAUGGAAAUUUCAUAAUAUAGAAUAUUUAUGAGCUACCAAUGUUGUUGCUGUAAAAAGUAUGAGAGCAGUUCCGCAAUUUUACUCACUUCAAAUCUUCAUCUUUUAUAUUGCUUAUAAACUAGACUAUAUUUAAUAUAUAAAAUAUAUUUGUAGUGUCUUGAAAAGAAUACCCUUUUAUAGUGAUAGCACGCUUAGAAUUUAAUCUUAAUUGCUUACUUAGACCUAUAUUUUAUAGAAAAUAGGUAAGAUACUUAUCAGUCUAAGGGGUAUUUUAAAUUAAAAUUAAUUUUUUAUGAUUUCAAAAAUUAGCACGUUUCUUGUCAAAAUGGUUCACGAUGGGUGGAUUUUUAUUCAAAAAUAGGGAUUUUUCAAAUAAUUUCUUCGCUCACAGUGCGUUGGAGUUAGUCAAUUUGCUUUGGAAAUGAUUCCAUAUUCACUAUUUAAAGGUGAUUUUCAGUCAAUUUUGGUCUUGUGUGUGGCAGAAGUUUUACUAUAAAAAUUUUUAGCAUUAAAAAAUUGUGCUAAAAAAGGGCCAAAAGAGCUAUAAGGCUAAAAAAAUAGUCUAAAAAUAGUCGUUAUGAAAUAGUUUCGUGCGAAGGAACCGCUUGGGAGGACGGUAAAUGGGACUACUUAUGCAGGAAUCAGAGCUAGAACUACUGGAGCUCCACAAAAUCAUUGGUUUGGUCCUUCAGGAGAUCCAAGAGCUGCAGGAAUUGCUACACCUGAAGCAAUACAACUAGUUUGGAGUUCUCAUAGAGAAAUUAUUUCAGACAUUGGUCCAGUUCCUGAAAAUUGGACAAUUCCUCCACCAUCCUAA